GAGAGCAGCGGCGACGUCGACGUGCUCAUCACGCGCCGGGAUGGAGGCCGCUCGUGCGACCUGCUGCCGCGCGUCUGCGCCGCGCUCUCCGCCGCGGGGCACGAGAUGCACCACUUGCACGACCCCUUCGAGAAGAAGGAGAAGGAGGAGGGCGAGAGCUGCUCGUACAUGGGCAUCGUCUACCCGAGGGAGGAGUUUGCGUACGCGCUGCUCUACUUCACAGGCAACGACCACUUCAACCGGAGCAUGCGCUUCUACGCGAAGAAGAUGGGGUACUCCCUCUCCGACCACGGCCUCGCGAACCGCGGCGGCAUCAACUCGCGCGGAGAGGAGGUUCGAGGAACGCGCAACAUCGUGCCCGCCGAGAGCGAGGCGGACAUCUUCGCCGCGCUCGGCUUUGAGUACAGGGCGCCCGAGGACCGGCACGCCGAGGCGACGAUCAUUCAGGACGGCGAGGCGAAGCGACUGCCCCCGCUCUGCGACGAGGCAGACCUGUCCCCGGACUCGCAGCCGCUCGACAGCGAUUCUGACAGUUGCUAA